AUGUUCUUGAAAGGACUAACGCUACAUCCAUCAACAUCGGCAUCGUCCGAAAAGACCGAUCUGUCAAUUGCAUCAGGGAGUGAAGAUGGAGGCAUCAAAAUCCCUUGCAAAUUUCCCAGGCCAGUUACAGUUGAGGAGAUCACAGAUGCUGCCUUUGAAGAUGAAGCAACAGAGAAGAAUCUGUUGAGACGUAACGGCCAUCCAGUAUCUCUUGAAAAAGAUGGAACAUACUUUGUCGACUAUUACAAACAGGUUUACAGUUUCUUGUAUUUCGCCACGGGAAAAACGAACGGCCAAAGUAUCCGCGAGUGUUUUCCCGAGGGUAUAGAUCCGACACACGAGGAUAUGAAAAUGGUACACGCAGUGGUUCAGGAGAUUGGAGACAGGUUGACUGAUGGAUUUGGUAUCCAGAUCGUUAUGUCGAGGGAACUGCUUCGGGACCCGCUAUGGACUAUGGAUCCGGUGCCUGAUUUUGAGACGCAAGACGACCGUAUUCACUAUUUCAUAUAUGCCUUUGAAAACAACCCAUUUGCAACGGUCAGUUUGUUAUAUGAAAUUAACCCGGCGCUGGACAUUAUGUUUAUCCUAUCCGACUACGAACACGACGGCGAACUAAGCCAUCUCAACGCUCUAAGAACCAAACUCAGAGGUCAUCUUUACACUCGCCUGGCGUUAUUGGCAGAUCUAAUAUUCUAUGGUUAUUUUCUACGUGACGCUGAACUUGAGGGGACAGACGGAGACAAUUUACAAUGGAUCAAAGGCCGCGUCGCUUCGUGCUUGAAACCAAGCCCUAUCACGAAUGGUCGAUACGGAGAGUUGGACCUCGAUGACUGGCCGAUCAAAGCCCAAAUCGACCCUAAUGACUGGACCAAGCCAUGGGAUGGCUGGUAA